UGCUGAGCGCACCAUGCGGGCUGUCAUCGCCUUGGCCGCGGCGCUGGGCAGCCUGCUGCUCGGCGGCUGCCUCCUGCGCCUGGGCGGCCAGCAGCCCCUCCGCGCCAGGGGCUGGGAGGAGGACGCAGGAGUAGCUACUGUCACACCGAAAGUGGUGCGAGCCCUCAGGUCCCCCCUGCCGUCCCUUCCUCAAACCGAGAACAGAACAACUGUUAAUAAAAAUGGAAUUUACCAGAUUGAACAGGCUUCCAAAUGUAAGGCAAUUCAGGACAGCAUUUUGUCAUCAUCGAUCAAGAAGAAAAGAUAUUCAGAAGAUUAUUAUCUUCACAUAGUCACAAAACUGCAGAACUGCACCUGGGUAAGGAGAGCAGAAGAAUCUAUGAAAUUCAGGUCAGAAUUAGCUUCCUGCUGUGAUGCGGUUCAUAGUUUCAUUGCUUCUCAAAACAACACCCCGCUGGGAAGUAACAUGAGUUAUGAAGUGGACAGCAAAAAGACCAUCCUCAUUACUGAUGACAUUUUUAAGAUGCUGCCUGUGUCCUCUCCUCUGUCAGCCUAUCCCUUCAAGACCUGUGCCGUGGUUGGAAAUGGAGGCAUUCUGAAAAACUCCAGCUGCGGAGCUGAAAUCGAUCGUUCUGACUUUGUGUUUAGGUGUAACCUCCCUCCAACCACAGGAAGCAUUAGCAAAGAUGUUGGCAAUAAAACAAACCUGGUGACAGUUAAUCCGAGCAUCAUAGCUCAGAAAUACAACAAACUAAAUGAGAAGAAGGCAGAAUUUCUGGAGAACAUUGCAGUCUAUGGAGAUGCUUUCCUUUUAUUGCCAGCAUUUUCCUUCAGGAGCAACACAGCCACUUCUUUUAAAGUGUAUCACACUCUGCAGGAGUUCAAAGCGACCCAAAGGGCAAUAUUUUUUCACCCUACUUACCUGAAAAGCCUUGCCCAGUUUUGGAGAACUAAGGGUGUGAAAGCCUACCGGUUGUCCUCUGGUUUUAUGAUCACUAGUGCUGCUCUUGAGCUGUGUGAGAAUGUGAAGCUCUAUGGCUUCUGGCCUUUCUCAAAAUCCACAGAGAAGAUGCCAAUCAGUCACCACUAUUAUGACAACCAGCUGCCUAAACCAGGUUUCCAUGCAAUGCCCAAAGAAUACAACCAGAUCCUUCAGCUUCAUGGCAAAGGCAUUUUGAAGUUGCAGUUUGGUAAAUGUGAAUCAGACUAAAAAGGGUGAUGAUCCUAAGGAGACAAUUUUUAUGUAUCUCAGCAGUUUGGUGUCGGAUUUUAUCUGAUGUUAUUUUGUGAGCGUUAUACUGCAAUAUACGAUAGGGAAUUCCUUUACACUUGGGGAGAGAAGGAAGUGAAUUUUUCACACAGUGACUGCUACACUUCUGAAUUCUGAGCAAUCAGUUUUUUAAAAGGACAAAGUUACAUUUAUUUGGGAAAGUCUGAAAUUCCUGACUAUUAGCUUCAUUGUAGCAAAGCACAAUCUCAGGAUGGUGGCAAUAUGUGUGACAUUUAUCAUAUUUUGCUUCUUAAUGUAUCAUUAAAAUAGUUUGACAUGAGAUCUCUGGUUCUGUUAAUGUCCCUUAAUAACAGGCAAUAGUCUCUGCAUGGUAGCUGCACGAAUUGGCAGUGAACAUUUUCAAUUGAUAGCUUGACCCUGUAAACACUACCAUUUGUCCACAUGAGAAAGGUGGUGAGAAGAGAUACAGAGGAGUAAAUUCUGAGCUGCAUCACUCUUAGUUUGCCCCAGAGUGCACAGAUGAGAAACCCCCUCAGGUUACACAUAGUCAAGUGGUUUAUGGGCUUUUGUUUUGUGGACAAUAUAUAAUGCUGUGGAUUUAAUGGCAUCAUUCACGUGAAUGAUGUUCGUUUUGUGAACAAGUGUUUGAAGGACUGGAGUUCUAGAACUGUUUUUAAACCCCUCUUCUUGCCUGUGGGCCUGCCUAAGGUCCAACUCAUCUCCAAAUGAGGACAGUAAAUUCCAUGAUGCAAUCCCCAGAGUGCUGAUAGGGCAUGACUUGUACAUGUUCCUGCAAUCCCAGCUCUGGAUCUUGGGUCACAUACAAGAUGGAAUAUUCACUAGAAGAAAAACGAUAGGCACCAAACCUGUGAUUUCUUCUAUUUCUUUUUCACCCAGCAUAGCUCAUAUCGAGAUGUGACUCCAGAUAAGAAAACUGCAUUAAACGUUAUUAGGAGAGUGUUUCUCUUAUAUACCCCAAGCUCCCUCUCCUAUACCAGGACACAUGAGAAAAGAACCUCCAGUUGCUUAAUUUAAAGCCCACACAGUUCUUGUGCUUGGAGUUUCCAUUUGGUCCAGGAAUGCCUGUGGAGCAAGAUACUGUGACAAAAGAAAGUAAAAUAUCUGCCCAGUGGAAAGAAUCACUUUAACAUUUACAGGAGCUAUGACAAGCAGUUUUUGGCUUAACUAUGGCUGCUUGAUUGUUGUUGCCUAUAUGUUUUACUGCAGGAAAAAAACCCAACAAUCCCUUCCCCCCCUAAACCUACCAAAAAAAUUGUAAUCACCAGUUUCUGUUAAAAGACAGGGUUCAGUGGCCCUUUUGAGAGUUUAUUAAAUGAACAGUUCAUUCUUUUACAGUCAGAUACUGUCUGACUGGUAUGUUGGUAUCUUGGUAUCUAUCUGGUAUCUUGUUUACUAAAACUCCCUUUGCCACUAUAACAUUAAAUCCCCGGUCAACUGAUUUAAAGAGCAUUCAAUAUUCUAGCUGUUGGGGAUUAUAUCUGUAAAAAAAAUCCUGCUUAAAUGAAUUGAACCUUAUAAAAUAGAGUUUAAAAACCCCUUUAAACUGAUACUUCAUAAGAACAUUUCUAUAUUGAGUAAUUGAGUAUUGAAAGCUUACCUUGCAGCAGCUUUAUAAUCACAUAAAUAAUCAUGAAAGUCUUAAAAUCAGUAAUUAUGGUUCCAGGUCUGUUAGUUAAGGCACAUUCAGCAUCUUGAUCCAUUUCUGAGGUAAUGAUAUCAGAAUCCAGUGCUGCUCCUGCCCAGGCAGAAGUGUCCAUAAAUCCUGCCUGCAUAUAUCAGCAAUAAAGUCAAUUUUGAAAAUAAGGAUUUUAAAAGAACAGACAGUACUUUGGGGCAUUGAAUGGAACUGCUGAUACUCUGAAUAUCACUAGAGCUUUUAACAGAAACAAAGACAUCAGAAUUGAGUCGAUGGGUACAUCUGCAUUACCAACUGGUGACUGAAAGAGGAAAGCACAAGGGGUUAAUUUACUGUGAUCUCUUAUGGUUCCAGCACUCCACAUCCACAUUUUGUCUUCACCAGCAGUGGAAUUUGUGCCAGUCUCUGGCCACAGGCAUCUGCUGUUCAUAUUCAAAGCCCUGCAUCCACGUUACAAUUGCUAUGGCUGAUUGCCUACUGCAAGACCCUAGUUAAAGAUCAAAGACAAAUUUGCUCCCCAAAGAGCUUCUCCUAUGCCAUAAAUCCCUCAUGCAGGCUGUCCCUGAGUGUCCAUAGCUAGAAGCUGUGCAAGGUGACGUAGUUGUCCUUUGGAUGAUGCAAACAGCCUAGAUUGAAGAGAACCAUGUGGUAUUUCAUGCAGAGACAGGCACACCAGCGUUCAGGUAAGGACUGUAACUUAUUCCAGUCUAGUAUAGUGCAGUGAGAUGAACUUGGCCAUGUAGCAGCUACAGGAUUUGACUGGGAAAAAAUUUAUACAUCUUUUAGAGAUUGAGAGGAUCUUGCAUUGUAGUUAGAACAAUUGCAAGUGCUUUAUUUAUACCUAGAGAUGAUGCAAAGGGUAUCAUUCAUUGCUCGGAUUAAGCUCAAUGAGCUACUCAGCAUGAGUUAAGUGGUAAAACCUGGUUGUGUGUAAGUAGAAGAUGUGGAGAGGAUAAAAUGAAAUGUAUUUGCUGCAGUGGAGAAGCAAAUUCUUUUCAAAAGUGUCCAUUAGUUAGCACUGUAUUGCAUUAUCUCAGUGAAUACAUUUAUACAGUAUACCAUGGCACACUAUAAGGAGAUGAAGCUACUAUUUGUCUGGUCUAUUUGCAGCUGUGUUAUUUAUAACACACAUGUAUUCAUAACAGGAGAGAUUACUCAGAUACAUUUUAAGAGAGGUUUUGCCCAAAAGUAGAAAUCUAUUCUAGAGAUCUUUCAAAAGAGGUCUUACCUGAAGGAGUGUGAUGCAGCACUCACAAACGAGAGCAAAUGGAAAGCUCUGUAACAUGGACAGACACUUUGACUUUUUAGCACUGUUUCAGUGAAGUUUAAACUUGCUGUUGACCUGAAGACCCGAUCCUCUCUGCUGUCAAAGCUCUCAGUGACCUGUGUCAAGCACAGGACUGGCAAGGAGUGCAUGGAGGAGUUGUUAACCUUUCCUACCUGUUCCUUCAAAUACUUUUUAACUCCUCAUAGGAUAAAAUUAUGCCCUAUUUUUAACAUAGUUUUCUCAAGCCUUGCUCCAGACAUGAAAUUAUUAUGAGAUAUUAGUUGCAUCCCCUUCAUUCCACUGGAGUGCAGACCUUGUACUUGGCUUUGUUAUAGCUACUGCUACUGUGUGCUUGGUGACUAAUUUGUGCACAGGCUUGGCAAGGUAAUAGUGAUGUUUCUGUGUGACAGGGUGCAGUUAGAUUGAUCAGGACUUGCUGAAGUACACUCACUGUGUUUUCUCAGGUAAAAAACCUGAGAUGUUUUCUCAGGUAGUCAAUUAUUUCUCAUUUAUUUUACAUCUGUGAUUUCUUGUUUAUUUUACAUCUGUGCCGGGUUAAUGAUGAAUAAAUGGAUUUUGUAGCUGGCUGGGAAUGUUUAUGACAAUUUUGCAAGACUGAGCCAAGUGCAAUUUUGAUUAAGGAUACUUGACCAAAGGUUAGGAAGGACCUUUCAGUUCUCACAUAAGGAAUAAUCAUUUUUAGGGUUUCUGGGCCUCCAGUACUGUCACAUGCUGUGGAGUGAAUAUUGAGAUUAAAUAGUUUUCUAAAGAUAGGGACACUGGCAACUUGCUACUGGUUCCACUGUACCUUUGCAGAGGCUGACAGUGUCCUUGCACAUGACUGCUUCACGACAUCUUUAGAUUAAAGCCUGCUUGACUGCUUUUUCUCCUUUGCAUGUUUAAUGUUGGGUCUUCCUUUAGGAUCCAAUGCCGCCUCAAGUGGGUUAUUUCUCUUCCCCACGGUGAGUGUUAUGAAGUCCUGUUUAGUGUCUGUUAGGGAGUUUGUAUGGCUGUGAAUCAAACACUGCUAUGCUUGCAGCAUAGUAAAAUGUACCUUAAAUGGCUUUGCUUACAUCUCAAGGAAGACAGCGUGGUGGGAUAUUCACAUUGCCUAACUGGAAGUGCUAGAUUUGGGCUGUAGCUCCUUGGUGAUGUAAGCUGCAAUGACUGGCUACCCAGUCCGGUCCUCAUUCUUGCUCUCCAUCCCAUCCUUCGUGCCAUCUCUGGUUCCUGUCUGAUCCUACACUGAGCUGUUUUGGCAUACUCAGCUGGCAAAAACCUAAUAUGGCAACAGAAAGAGGCAAGUAGUUCAUGCCAGCAGAGCCAGGGGAAUUUUGGAGUCAAAGCAAAUGGAAACCAUGCAGGUGGGACUGUAGGGAUACAGCUUGUUAUCUGAUGGCUGUUGUACAGGCCCAGCAGUCACCCAAAACCUUAGUUGAGUCAAGAAGGGAACAUCUUUGGGGACCUUGCUGCUCAGAGGGGAGAGAUGGGCUCUUGAAAGGGGAGACUGCAGCAUGGCAGCUGUUCUGGUGGGCAGGUGCCCAUCUCUCCCCAUGGUGACAGAAGUGCUUAAGGACACUACACUCCUGCAUUACGGACCUUAAGUCCCUGUGAUGGGUGAUUAUUGCUCCUCCUUCUCUCUUUCUCAUUGCAGUCAUUUUAACAAGCUGUUCACCACCAGCAGGUUCAGAAAUUAUAACUAUAUAAAAAGACCUUUGCCUGUAAAUGUUUCUCAGUUCACAGACAGUAAACUUGCAUAAACUUGCUCAUUGUUCAGCAUACCUAUGCUUUCAGUCUCUGCCAAUCUCAGCAUCUCAGACAGCAUCUGCAGAGCACAGAGCUGCACAAGGUCUGGCAGUUUUGAUACCAGUUAAUCUCACUUUAAUUCUCUUUUCUUUGUACACUAGUGAGAUGUCUGACAUAUUGCCAUGCCUGAGUCACGAUGAGAUUUUGUGUCCUAUGUGAGUCUGGAAAAGAAACUAAGUGGUCUAGGUGACCUUGCACCUUCUGUGGGCUCCCCAAAUUACUAGCAAAAUAUUCCUAUUGGUGUGUGUUAUUUGAUUUUAUCCAGUGCAGAUAUUGGGAUUGGUUAAUUGAUCUGGGUUCAUUGAUCACCUAGACCUGGAGCAUGCACAGACUCCAUGGUAGAGCUACAGCCUGACAAGGCAAUCUAGGUUUAAAAAACAUUUGACCUGAAGAUCUUUGUCUGUCCUGUCAUGUGUCAUGUGACAAAUCUAUGGAAUGAGAUCUGGAACAUUCAUGCAGUAGCUCCUCCAUGGACUUAAAGAGCACACAUCCUCUUGUGUAUAGGAGUCUGUGUGAGAUCAAGCCCAUGGAAUAUUCCGUGGAGUGCUUUAUUCUGAAGUGCUUUAUUUUGAGCUUUAUUUCAAACAGCUGAUAUCCACUUGUGCUCCUUGAACCAGUUAAUUCUUACACAUGAGCUUGUUAGUUAAAUAUCUCUUAUUUUGAAGAAUUCACAGACAGGUAACCCUUCAUCUUGUGGUACUUGAGCAGCUGAUUGCUUUCAUCUCUACAUCUGCUACCCAAGGGUGGUGACGAAAAGAUGUGUAUUUACCAUAUAAAGCCUGGCUGUCUUGCUUUUGAAUUCUGUCAUCUUAUGCAGGAACAUCAUCCUUCUCUGAGUUUCUGGACAGCUGAGUUUCAAAGGCUGCUGAUCUCUCAUGGUAGUCUGGAGAAAUCAUUUGGGCCUUUCAGCUAGAGCGCACAAGUGGGCAGAUUUAUAUUUGCAAAGGUUUGUUCCAGAUUUUCAGAAAGGGUUUCUUAAUUGGCUCCAAAUUAUCAUAAUGGUCAAGUAGAGCAUGAAAUGAUUUGCAGCAUGCCACUAAACAAAGGAACUCUUGCUAUUAUUUAGUGGUCUUCUUUCAUAAAGUUGCAUUUCAGAGUACCUUCCUAUUCUGGGAAUGAGGGCUCACCAGGGGAGCCACCCCAGGUUACUGGGUUGCAUCCUCAUGUCACCAUCAUAUAAAGAGUCAAAUUUGUCUUUCACUGAAUCCUGAGGUAGCUCUAGUUGUGCCUCAGUGUUUGUUGCUGCACUUGGUUGUGCUGAGUCUUGCCUUUUUUUCAUCCCUUUUUUCUCCAGUGAGGGAGAAAACUCAAACAAUUGCAUGCUGGAAGUAUUUAGUGAUCCCACCAUGAAUUCAUGGUGUCAUGGCAAGAGGCCAUCAGAAUGAAUCAUGCAAAGGGUUGUGACAGUAUAGCCCAGUCUAAGACAACAUUGCUGGUUUUAAUUUCCUCACUAUUAGCCCCUGACAACAGGAGAUCCUUCACAGCAAGUCUAUAGUUCCAUAACCUGCUGGGCUUCUCAGCUCUUGGCUCAGCUGUGAGGUGGUUCCCUAAAAACACCUCCUUCUCAGUCUAUUUCUUGUUAGUGCUUGUAAUUCAAACCUAUUCUUGAAUUCUCAUGAAACUGAAGGAUAACAGCUGACAUUUCUGCAUGUUUUACAUGCACAUUUUAUAUAGUAGCUUCAUAUGUAUUCUUCAUGUUAGUAUUCUUAAUAUCCUUUGCUUUGAGUAUCUAAUUGCAAUUAUUUAAAGUACUCAUUUAUUUUAUGAUACCAGAGCAAACUGUGGGGGCAGUUACAUAAUGUCACACCUGAAAAACCAGCGAUACAACCCCAAAUGAUUUUUAAGGGUAUCUAUCAGACUGAUUUCAGGAAGGGUAUUUUUAUUACUCACUUAGACUCUUGCUUCUUAGCUUCACGUUUCUAAAGACAGUGUUAGAGGCCACCUCUGCUUCUGAUUUAGUUCAAGAUCUGCAAGUGGAGAGACUACAUGGGGCUGCUCCCAGGGGAUGGCAAGUGGGUGCUUUUCUUUUUCAGACACUGUUCUGUGUCGAAAUGUAAUUCCACACAGUUCCCAUGACAGCUUUUGCCCACAGGUUUCAUUGUCCCUUAAAAUGUGUAUUAUUUGCACUCAUUUUGGUUCCACUCUCUUCAGUGCAAUUGUCCAAGCAGAGCUUGGAGCUGGUGUAAUUGUGCUCCCCUACACGUGCCAAGCUCUGUGUGAAGCUGCUAGCGUAGGCUCUGCUUCCAAAAAGGCUCUCUCAUGUUCUCUCGAUGCUGAACUUAUGUUUUCAGAUGUGAACUUGAUAUUGUCCGAGUAGAGUGUGUGCAGCAUAACAUAGAAGUGUCUCUGUGCAGGAUUUAGGAGGAGGCACAGAAAGCCCCUCAACCAUGUAUGUGUGCGCUUUUCUUACAGAAACCCAAGAUCAACUGGUAUUGUUGAGUCAUCUGUUAUAGCUGGUUUAAUUUGUACUUUGCUUUCAUGUUUUAAGUGCCUAAUGAUUUUUUUUUGUCAAGGAGGCGAUGGUUUCACUGUUCUAAUGUAUACUUAGAAUUCUGCACUUGUUCCCUGCUCUGUAAUAGAAUAUUUUUGCAGUUUUAUGUUUGGAAAUAAAAGCUUCUUAGGCAGAA